AGAAGAUGGAAGGGCGUCAGUCAGCCUUCCCUCACUCUGACGUGAAGGAGGUGCGGGAGUUUUUUAAAGGCGACGGGGAAGGACAGAAAGUGAAGCUACUGACCAAGGAAGGAGGGCGUCGAGUCCAUCAUGAGGCGUGUCUCUGGGGCUUUCCGCGCCGUAUGGCUGUUCGUGGUCAGUCUUGUGAUACUGCUGGCGUGCGUCUCUACUGCUGCUGUGGAAUACUUCGGAAGCGGCGGUGGUAACAUCCCUACAACACGCCGGCCGCCCUUCACGGUCUCUCCGCCAUUCACCAUCGCCCCACCCGUCACGCCGCGCCCAGAAUGUCGCGAUCCUGAGGAGUGCUGUAGAUUUCGAUUUGGUUCGGACGACUUCGAUAUUUGCUGCGAGGAGCACGGCUGCUGUCCCAUGACCUGCCCGCUGACUGACGAAGACGGCAUGAUCUUACCCACGUACCCUUGCCAAGCGUGGGAGUGUUGCGUGCACCGUGAAGGGUCUCCACGGCACCAAGAUUGCUGCAGACGUCACGGAUGUUGCCCUCACUGCAAGCGGGUGCCCUCAGGUUGCUGUUUCAACGACGUACGAUAUACCUUUGGGAGUUUGGUGAUGGACUUGCCAGACGCCUGUGUCCAGCUGGUGUGCGCUGCUAAGCUGUACCCCUUACUGCAGUACCCCUUACUGCAGGCUACCAUCGUUGCCGUGAAGACUUGUUCCUUUAGUGGUGUCAUGGAGGAAUGCUUGGGCUGCCCCGUGUAUCACUGCGUGGAUGAGUUUGGGCUGCAGCGCAUGGACGGGGACACAUGGUCUCCCUCGCCGUGUGUUAAGUGCGAGUGUCGUCAAGGGCAUCAGCGCUGCGUCAGUAUUUUGGCGCGCUGCUUGCCUCCCCCACACCCGAAAUGCAUCCCGAUUCCUGGACCCUGCUGCCCCACCUACCACUGCGAGGACGGCUGUGUUGACGAAGAUGGGAAUUUCCGUCCGGUCGGUGCCCAGUGGCCCACGAGUGACCCCUGCCAAAUGAUGCUUUGUACUGAAACUGGUAUAGAGACCAUUAACACUGCAUGCUUGCCGCCGCCACCUCCCCAUGAAGGCUGUUUCUUGCAAAACGUCCCGGGCCAGUGUUGCAGUGUGUGGAACUGCAGCCGCUGUAUAGAUACUGACGGGUCCAUCCAUCAGCUGCAUGACGAGUGGCAGGCCGGCCCGUGCAUUGUGAAGGUCUGCACAACCUCCGGCAUCGUGGUGAGGGACACUAUCUGCCCCAAACUUGGCCCAGCCCCCCACGAUACCUGCUACAGGGAUAUCCAGGAGGGAGGCUGCUGUGAAGAAUGGAAGUGCGAUGGCUGCUGGGUCGGUGAUGAGCUCCACCCGCCGGGCAGCCAGUGGCCCUCUGAUGAUCCGUGCUUCAACAAUGUGUGUAGAGAAGACACAGUGGUGCUGCAGCGCGUCGACUGCCCGGACUUCCCGAGGCCUCAUGAAAGCUGCUUCGAGCACAUCCCUGACGGCGCGUGUUGCCCUGGGUGGAACUGCAGCGGUUGUCUGGACGACAAUGGCACGUACCACCCUCUGUAUCACGAGUGGCAGAUCGACCCUUGUACCACGCUGGUUUGUCACCUCAAUGGUAUCACAAAGAGGAAGAUUCCUUGUCCCCCACUGGGAUCUGCGCCACACUCCUCCUGCUACACGGUCUUCCUCCCCGGCGGCUGCUGCAAGGAGUGGAAGUGCGACGGUUGCAUCGAUGACACUGGGGAGUUCCAUCCUCUGGGCAGCGAAUGGCCCAGCAGCGACCCCUGUGUAAGAAUGCUGUGUGUGCCACCGGGAGUCAUACAGAAUGCAACUGUGGCUUGUCAGCUUAGUCUUCGUCCCCAUGAAGGCUGCUUCUUUCAAACCGUCGAGGGACAAUGCUGUGGACAGUGGAACUGCAGCGGCUGUCGAGAUAAUGAUGGGAAGUUCCGCAAGCUGUUGGAAAAGUGGAAGAGUGAUCCCUGCACCACCCACAUCUGUACAAGCAUUGGAGUCAAAACCGAAGAGUUGCGGUGUACGUCUCCACCCAGGCCUCACUACUCGUGCAAGUUAGUGGUGUUACCCGACCACUGCUGCCCAUCGUGGGAGUGCAAACAUGGUAGAAGCUCCACGAGCUGUUACGACGAUGAAGGCAACGAAUACGAGAAUGGCAGACAGUGGGCAGCAGACGAGCCCUGCAUGAUUCACCGCUGCGACUCGGGUACCAUCAUCACUGAGCCGGUGCAAUGCGACGAUAAACCCACUCCCCCGAACUGCUUUGAGGAGCAAAUGGAGGGAGAGUGUUGCCCCAAAUGGAACUGCAGCGGCUGUAUGAGCAAGGACGGAGUUUAUCACAAGCUAGAUGAGGUGUGGAAAGUCGCCCCCUGUAUCCUGCAAAGCUGUCACGAGUCUGGAAUACACGAAGCCAUUGUGGAUUGUGCUCCGGGGCCACCACACCCUGGCUGCCGGCAGUGGUUUGAUCCCGAGGAAUGUUGCCCCCAGUGGGAUUGCAGCGACUGCCUCGACGAGGAGGGAAACUUCAGAAUGAACGGCACCACGUGGAUGUCACCGUCUGACUCCUGCAUUAUUUUCACGUGUCUGAACUCUGAGGUGGAGAAGUCCCUGAUUGCGUGCGAUGUAAUUCCGCCACCGUCCCCAAAUUGCAUCCUGUCAACCGAAGAAGACCAGUGUUGCCCAACAUGGAACUGCAGUGGGUGUUUGGAUCAGGCGGGAGAGUUUCACAGUCUGGGCGAGUCCUGGGUCUCUUCCUGCAUGACCCAUCACUGCACACCGCGAGGGAUCAUUACUGAAGACGUGAAGUGCGAUGAUGCCCCGCGACCGGAUUGCGUGCCGGAGCCGCCCCGUCCUGGUGGUUGUUGCCCGACGUGGAACUGUGGAGAAGUACCUCUCAACUGUUCUGUUGUGAAAUGUCAAGGCCCGCCAUGGAACGCUAUCUGCGUUGCUCACAUGGCCCCCCGGCAGUGCUGCCCCGUGUACUCGUGCCGACCCCCGCACCCCAUUCCUGACAUGCCCAAGUGUGCCUCCGUGUACUGCUUGGGACCGCCUCUGCAUGAAUACUGCAUGGCACGUUAUCCUCCAGGCCAGUGCUGUCCACGCUACUUCUGCAGACCAACCACCGAGCCCACCCUUCCCACUGAGUGCGCCAGCGUACUGUGUCUCGCCCCUCCGCCUAAUGUCAACUGCACGGUCACCACGCCGCCCGGAGAGUGUUGCCCUGUGUUCGACUGCGACACAAGUACCACGACCUCCACCACCACAACUACGACUCGCGCUACUCCCACCACUCCGGCCACCACCACAGGACCACCACCACAAACAUCUGGCACGCCACUACCCGGCAAGGACUGCGUCGAUGAGCAAGGCGGCCACAGGAAAGAGGGCGAGGUGUGGCGUUCCUCCGAGGAUGGGUGUAGGAAGUCCCAGUGUCACCAAGGCCUUAUCGUUUACCAUUACGAGUGUUAACAUGGCCAGGGAUGGUUCACCUAAGUCUAUUGCAUGCUAUGCGUAAGAAGCCAAAGAUUGUGGGAUUUGGUUAUGUAUCCUUCAAGUCUGCUGGUGUUAAUCUAGCUUCUUUAAAUUUGUAAGAGGCUUGAGUAUAUGUAUAUAUUUUAGGUUUGUUACCAUUAGUAUAGUGUUCUUUGCAUAUUGUUCUCGGCAAGGUUUGUUAAAUAUAUGAAUUUUAUAAUGCCA